AGCGAAAUCCCUUAGGGCUCAGUGCUAAUAUUGUUAAAUUUGCGUCAUUCCAAGGCAAAAUAAAAUCUAUAAAAAUCAUAAACUACUAGCAUUCCAGAGUACAUAUAUUAAAAAUUAGUGCCUGAUAAAUAUAACGUUCUAAAUGUUGUGUAAUGAUAUUAAAAUGAAGGCUAAGAUGUUAGCGCAACAGCUAACUUAAAGAAAGGGGCCAAUCAGAGAGCUUCGUUUAACACACGUGACUUGUCCCUAAAGUCAAUGCCGAGUGGACGCACUUCCUGCUGAAGUGAGAUUGUAAAGUGGUGUCGCGAGCCGCAACAGUGACCAGGCAGCACGAGCACAGGCUUUAGGAUUAAUUUAAAAAGAAGGGCGCUAUGUCUCGGAGAUAUGACUCUAGAACGACCAUCUUCUCUCCAGAGGGACGUCUGUAUCAGGUAGAAUAUGCCAUGGAGGCCAUCGGUCACGCUGGCACCUGCUUGGGCAUUCUGGCGAAUGAUGGCGUGUUGCUGGCAGCCGAGAGGAGAAACAUCCAUAAACUGCUGGAUGAGGUUUUUUUCUCUGAGAAGAUUUACAAACUCAAUGAAGACAUGGCUUGCAGCGUAGCAGGAAUUACCUCAGACGCCAACGUCCUCACGAACGAACUGAGACUUAUUGCACAGAGGUAUCUCCUGCAGUAUCAGGAGCCCAUUCCCUGCGAGCAGCUCGUUACUGCACUCUGUGACAUCAAACAGGCUUACACACAGUUUGGAGGUAAGAGGCCUUUUGGUGUGUCUCUGCUUUAUAUGGGGUGGGACAAACAUUACGGAUUCCAGCUCUAUCAGAGUGACCCCAGUGGAAACUACGGAGGCUGGAAAGCCACAUGUAUCGGCAACAACAGCGCAGCUGCUGUGUCAAUGCUAAAACAGGACUAUAAAGAGGGUGAGAUGUCUCUAUCAGCUGCCCUUGCUCUCGCUGUCAAAGUGCUGAACAAGACCAUGGACGUCAGCAAGCUCUCUGCAGAGAAAGUCGAGAUCGCCACACUGACACGAGAGAAUGGCAAGACCAGAAUCAAAGUCCUCAAGCAGAAGGAAGUGGAAGAACUGAUCAAGAAACACGAAGCGGAAGAGGCCAAAGCAGAGAAAGACAAGAAGGAGAAGGAACAGAAGGAAAAAGACAAAUAAAAAAAACCUUGCACCUUUUUUUUCUAUUAAAAAAACCCAAAAGCCUGCUGGGAUUCGUAGAGAAAUUCAUAUUGCUCCGUCUGUCGAUCUGUCAUUUUCUUUAUUAAACACAAAAAGAAAAGAAA